CGAUUUCCAUGGCGACCAGGAUAUCUGAAGGUUUCAAAAAGCCCUGGAAGAAACUGAUGAGUGGUUCUCAGGAGACUGAUAAUGAAAGAGCCAGUGUGAGACCCGAGGUGGUCUCAGAAGAGAAAAUGCCCCACGCCCCCGACCCAGAGAUGCAAGACGAAGAACCCUGCAGCUUCAUCCCAGUUCAGAGAAACUCCAUCUUCAAACGCUCCAUGAGACGCAAAAGCAAAAUCAAGGCCAGAGACACCCCGGAACAGAACACCCACCACCUGGCAGACUCACUGGAAAAUGGACAAUCUGUGGAUAAGCCCCUGACCUCGGAUGUCCCCCCGAGCAGCACACCUCGGUGGAGAACCCCAACAGAGCCAGACCCAGGAGCCCAGAGAACAAGGGUCCCAGGCUCCUUCCACUCAGCUCUCCACCAAGGUGACUGCCAGAGCUCCGGCCAUCACAGCCACAGUCCAGGUGGCGGGAAGAAGAAAAGCAGAGGGCGGUGGGGACUCACGGCACCUGCUCUGUUCUUCUAUGGGGCUUCCCUGAAGCCCACUCAACAACUGGUUCUUCUGUCUCACUGGCCCACUGACCGGGUCCCGUGGCCACCUCCACUCGCAGAGGAAAGCCGGGAAAUGUAUCUCUUUCAAACCAGGUCUGUUUCCACGCCCGGUAGACUGGUUCCAUACUAAGGCAUAGAGGAGAAUGGAUACGGGAGAGGCAAGGGCAAUGUCUGACCCAAGGGAGUUCCAAUUUUUCUCCAGUCUAUAAGCCACACAAUGAUAAAUAAAAUCGUGGCGAAGCCCUGAUACCCAUUCCUCAUUAUUUCCUUAAGUUAAAUUCCUAGAAACUCCGCACCUUCUACAAAGCUCUGGCGACAGGGAAAUCGUAUUCCUGUAUUUGUACUGGGGAAGUGUGGGAUAGACAUCCUGUCCUAGAAUCAGGGGGAAGGCAUCCUUUCGCUCCCUGUUACUGCUCUGACCACAG